AAUUGAAAUAUUUCUUGUCUAUGACAAUAUACAUUUGCGGCUGUCAAAUUGUCAAACUUGUGGAGGAUUCGCAUUGUGUUUUAGUUUUUUAACUUAAAAAAUAUAAUAAUGGCACGGGAAAGCAGCGCUGGAUUUGAUAGGCAUAUUACUAUAUUCUCCCCUGAGGGCAGACUAUACCAAGUCGAAUAUGCCUUGAAGGCAAUAAACCAAGGCGGGCUCACAUCGGUGGCGCUGCGUGGCACGGACGCGGCUGUGGUUGCGGCGCAGCGCAAGGUGCCCGACCGAUUGCUCGAUCCCGCCUCUGUCACACAUCUGUUCCACCUUACAAACAACAUUGGCUGUGUAAUGACUGGCAUGAUCGCGGACAGUCGGUCGCAGGUGCAGCGAGCACGCUACGAAGCGGCUAACUGGCAAUACAAGUAUGGGUGCGAGAUACCCGUGCACAUCUUAUGUCGCCGCAUUGCCGAUAUCUCGCAGGUGUACACGCAGAACGCGGAGAUGCGUCCGCUGGGCUGCAGCAUGAUGCUGAUCGCGUACGACGAGGAGACCGGGCCAGCCGUGUACAAGACGGAUCCGUCAGGCUAUUACUGCUCAUACAAGGCGGUGGCGGCCGGCGCGAAGGCCACGGAUGCCAGCGCCUAUCUCGAAAAGAAGUUGAAGAAGCGCGCCGACCUCUCCGCCGACGAGGCUGUACAGCUCGCCAUCUGCUGCCUCUCGCAGGUGCUCUCCGUCGACUUCAAGUCCGCUGAGAUUGAAGUGGGCAUUGUCACCAAGGACAACCCACAGUUCAGAGUGCUACCCGAGAGCGAAAUAGAUAGACAUUUGACAGCCAUUGCUGAGAAGGAUUGAAGAAUAGGUUUUGGUAAUUCAAAUACAUUAUAAUUUUUUUUAAUAAAGUUCUUUUAAAAAUAUAA